GACCAAUUUUAAAAGUUUUCGUCUUCCAAGUUCUAAAAGAGACUUUACAAAACAAAAUUUGCGUCACAGACAAUUGCAAGUGUUCCAGAACAGGAGUUGUUUUAAAUUCCGGCAUACUCAAACCUUGGACAUAUGACACACAGCAAAACAAAAGCACCCCCAGAGUUGGAGAGAUUCGUGACGUGGACUGGGUUCCCUGAAGCGGUGGUUCAUUGAGGACGGAGGGGAAAAAACAAGUGUCCGUGGGAGAGCCCAGAAAAGAUGACUAGAACGGUUUGGGUGUUAGUCAUCCUCUUCCUGUCGACCAUCACCUUUUGUAUACAGAACGAUAUUGUGUAUGUGAUUGACAUCUCGGGCAGUCUUUCUCAGUCAGAUUUAAACUACUCUGCAGAAUUUCUACACGACAUCACUGAAUACCUUACGAUUGGUUCAAGCGAUAUACAAAUCUCCAUUGUGACAUUUUCCAGCGUUUCCACAAUACUUUAUGAUUUUAACAAUCUAACAACGCUAUCUGACGUUCUGACGUCACUGCUGAAUCUGAAAUCUCUAACGACAAGCGGAGGUACCAAGACGUAUUUAGCGUUGAAUGACUCGUACGAUCUUCUGACAUCACCAUCCAGUGGCAUGCGCACUGACAUUAAUAAAACAGUGGUGGUUCUUACCGAUGGAAGGUCGGACAAUCUUCUGUACACACGAGCGGCUGCCGAAAAUCUUCACCAGAAUGGCGUGGAGGUUUUCUCUGUAGGGGUGGGCACUGAAGUCAGCUACGACAAGACGGAAUUGUACGCCAUUGCUAGUGACCCAGAUUCUUACUACCAGCAUGAUAUCGAUAACUUUACUUACCUCUGUAAUAUGAUCCCCACGCUUGCUGUUAAAUUAGAUCCCUCUUUGACCUCAAUUACUUUACCGCCUGAUUGUGUUACAACCACGACUACGACACCGAGUCCAAAAAAGAAAGGCACGGAUGCACCGACAACCGCGGCUGACACCACCACCAUCCCAGACACCACCACCACAACCGAGGCUACUACCACCACCAUCCCAGACACCACUACCACAACGGAGGCUACUACCACUACCAUCCUAGACACCACAACCACAACCGAGGCUACUACAACCACCAUCCCAGACACCACUACCACAACUGAGGCCACAACUACCACCACCAUCCUAGACACCACAACCACAACCGAGGCUACUACAACCACCAUCGCCGACACCACCACCACAACCGAGGCUACAACUACCACUGCAGUCACUAGCACGGACAGUUCCGCCAGUACCUCCUCUGCUACAAGCGCCCCUACCACAGAUGUUUCCACAGAUAGUACGACUUCCGGUAAUGGAACCAAUGGUGCCUCUCAGAGCCAGCAGUCUACGACAGAUGACUCGUCAUCAACUAUUCCUUUAAUCGUUGUGGGGACCACAGCGUCUCUGCUUCUGUUGUCCUCCAUACCAGGAGCCUACUUCCUCCGUAAAGCCACCUUGAGGAGGAAAAUUCGACAGGAGGAAAAGGAGGAGGAAGUUAGACACGCCAUUCAACCCUACGAGAAUUCGCUACCCAAGCAACUUGGUCCGGGAAAACCUGCCUGGCAAGCAUAGACAUUUCCGAAAACAGCGUUCUGUUUCUAAGAAAAUACUCGGUGCUAUUUUUUUCAGUAAAUGUUAUGGAAAUACUUUAAAGAUAUCAGAUCUGGUGAUUUUGCGCAUUUUAUUUUUUAUAAUUAAUUUAUUUAUAGUUUUUGCACUUUCAUACUACAAUGCCCAAUUUGAUUAUCAAUUGUUUUACUACCUGAAAAUUUUACUUUUCCCACCAGAAACACGUUAAUUCUAUAUUCGUCCUCUGUCAUUGUUAGUGUUUUUUUAUAACCACUGUUUCUGAAUUCACAACUUAAAACUUUAUAUCAUGAUUGUUAAACCGAAUUGUGCAUCACUGAGGUUCUUGAGGAAAAUUCUUUUGAAGGGAUCGCUCCGGACUUGCCUUCUGGAAUGUGUUCGGAUGGUUUUCCGGCGAUUCUUUUCCUUUGUUGUUCUGUGAUAACCCCAUGAACUAAGUGCACACUGAACACACCCAGGCUACGAGUGUUGUAGUCUACGUCAUACAUUAAUGAUAUAUAUUUUUCUGUUCUUAUGUUGCUUAUUUAUAUUAUUAUUAUUAUUAGUGUCAAUAAAUAUAUUGUUUCUACA